AUGGGUCUGGACCACCCCAGGGGGUCUGGGGCCACCCUGGGACAUGGGGGCACCCCAGGAUGCAGGGAUAUCUCAGGGUGUUGGGGUGACCCCGGAGUGUUGGGCCUCAUUAACUUCCCCAUCUUCUUGAUGCCCUUUGGGGAGCAGCUGAACGGCACCGACCCCGGGGAGUCCAUCCUCAACACCUUCAAGCUCUUGGACCCCACCGGCACCAUGAACAAGGACGAGUUUAAGCAGCUCCUCCUGACCCAGGUGGAUAAGUUCUCCCGGGAGGAGGCGGAGCAGCUGUUCGUGGUGACGGCGGUGUCGGGGAACAUCGACUAAAAGUCCUUGUGCUACAUCACCACCCAUGGGGACAAGCAGGAGGACUGA